AGCCCUCUGGUGGAAAUUUGCAGCAAACUUAAUCGAUUCUUCGAACAAUUGACAUCCGGACAGGAAAAAAUUACUGUGUGCAGAAAAAAGAGUCUUCUCGGGGAGAUUUUUACGAGAUUCUUGUGUUUUUCCUGCGAAUGAGGGUGCUGUGUGGACAAAGUGACUGCCCCCAAUUGCUGUCAGGAGCUGUCGAAGGUGCAAGUUGUGUUGUUCUCCCAUUUCGACGCCCCUUUUGGGCCAACUGACUCACCUGGGCGACUUAUUCCGGUGCCCAGCAUCCUCUGGGGACGCAGUUUCUGAGCUAGAGCAUUUGUGAGCUGUGCGAGAAAACAUGUCGUGCAAUUCGUCUGGGGAGUCAGAGGCAAAGAAGCCCUGCAAGGGCAUUCUAAAGACAUCCAGCAGCUUCGACAAACAUUCCGUCACAGCAAUGCAUAGGAAGAGUGCAAAAUUCGAUGAACUUAAUGUUCUGCAGACGUACCAUCCGCCAGACAAGGACUAUGGUCACAUGAAGAUUGAGGAACCCAAGACACCCUACAACUACAUGGAUAACAGCAUCCAUGGGCUGGACCAGCUGGAUGCAGAGGUACUGGCUGAGAAACUCCAAGUUGCUGCCAGUGCCAGGACUUCCUCAUUCUCCAGCGAAGAUGACUCAGAUGAGGAUACAGAGCCAGAAACUGAAGAGCAAAAAGCAAAACGACUAGAAUUUGAGAAACGACGAAAAGCUCACUACAAAGAGUUUGAAGCUGUGAAGUUAGCCAGGAAGCUGAUAGAAGAGGAAGAAGAUGAAGAUGAAGAUGACGAUGGGGAUAAAAAAUGUUCAGAUGGUGACAAUAAUGUGACAGAUCAAACUAUGGAACCCGAAGCUGGUGGUUCUACAUCAACUGCUUCCUUGAAAAAUACCACAAUUCCCUAAAAAAAAAGAAACAAUUUUUACCAAUAAAAAUUAGCCGUGAGAGUAUAAAAUAAUAAAAAAAGAAAAAAAAACUCAAUUUAGGCAACAAAUAUUUCUAACUUAUUUUUAUCAAUUAAUUUAAUGAAGUGAAUAUUUAACAGAGAUAUUUUCUUUUAAGUAAUAAAGUAUAUACAAUUGUAGUUUGAUUUUUUUUGACGUAUGAAGCAAUUUCUCUUCGUGCCAGAAAAUAUCAAGGAUAUUUGUGAGAUUUUACCAAUUUUAAAAAAAAGCAAGUCCUUUUUUAUGCAAAUAUUCAGUUUUUUUCUCUGUAUUCCAGAGUGUGAACACAGCUUCCUCAAAAAGAAAUAAAAAUAUAUAUCAUACACGAAAUAAAAAAAAAUCUACAAUGUUGUGAAAUAUUCCUUUUCAAUAGAGGAAUAAUAAAAAAAAAUAAUUAUAAAAUAUUUUUGUAGGUGAUUCUUAUGCUUGCAAAAUGGGUUUUUUAACAUAGCGAUAAGUUUUUCUCAAUCAAUUUUUGCAAGGAAUUUUUCUUAAAAUAAUUGUUUUUCCUCAUCGAAAAAGAUGAAUUAAAAAAAAAAAUACUGAAGACAAGAAAUGUGGAUGAAAAAAAGGCAAUCUAAAUAUUAAGAAAAAAUAUAUUGUUGGAACAAAAAGAAACAUUUUAAUCAAAUGCUUUUAGAUACAGAUUUAGCCAGAAGCUUGUAAUUUUUAUUGUUAAAUUAAGGAUUAUGAAUGGUGGAUAGAGAAAAACACGGAGAAUUGAUUUGUGAAAAGAGAUUGCUGUAAAUAAUAAAACUGAUAUGAAAUGAA